CUUUGCAUUUAGAAUUCGUCUGAAGCGGACGCUUCGGGAUUCGAUGCUUAGUCAUCGUUAUACACAGUACAGUUAUAACUGUACAUUGGUUUUAAUUCUGUAUUUUUGAUACACGUGUUUUAAUUUACAGUUGGUGGGGACACCAACUUCGGAAGUACAACCUGGCAUAUAGAGUCGUACUCUGCCAUUUCGAUUAAAGUCCAAAAAAAAAAAAAAAAAAAUUUUCCACAGAGUUUUCUUUUGUUGGGAAAACAACACUUUUGCAAGAUAUUUGUGUGCAGAAAAACGAAAGAAAAACACAAUGUCAUUGCCGGGAAAUGGCAUAUUUGUGGUCCGUGGCGAAAUGUCCACUUUAAUGACCGCCAUGCGUAGGGGUUCCCGUUGGAAUGCCUCAGCAUACGUGGAUGAGGAGAAAGAUGGCUUAAUGAAAUUGUUUAUGGGUCUAAAACAAGUUCUGAAUCGCAUUGAAGAUCUGCGCCUUAUUGAUCCAAAUGUCUUUUUGGCUCCCUUUCUGGAGGUCAUACGCACCGAAGAGACUACAGGAGCAGUGACCAGUUUGGCCUUGUCAGCCAUAAAUAAAUUUCUUUCUUAUGGAUUAAUAGAUCCCACCUGUGCCAAUUUGGCUGUGACCGUAGAAAACAUUGUCGAUGCAGUAACCCAUGCUCGUUUCAUGGGCACUGACCAGUCCUCGGAUGGUGUCACCUUGUUUAGGGUUGUGGAAGUAUUGCACUCCUUGAUGCGCAGCCCUGAGGGCUCAGUGCUCACCAAUGAGUCGGUGUGCGAGGUUAUGUUGAGCUGCUUUAAAAUAUGCUUUGAACCUCGUCUCAAUGAGCUGCUGCGCCGAUCUGCCGAACAAGCUUUGAAAGAUAUGGUGCUGCUGUUGUUUAUGCGUCUGCCACAAUUUGCCGAUGACCGCAGUGAAUCGGGUCUGUUAAAAAAAUUCCAAAUGAUGGCGGCAUCUAUGGACAAGGAUAAAAAACAACGAAAGCGUGCGGUGAAAACUGCCACCAUGGGCCAGGAGAAUCUGCAUCGUAGUCAAAGUUUGUCUAAGGUAACGGGAGAUGAACUACGAAAGAUAUCUACUCAUUCCGCACCAGGUGAAGAUGGGCAAAACCUGGCUACACCCGCUACCAUAAAUCAUUUAAAGGCACCGCCGUUGGCCACUACUCCAGCCACACCGGCUGGUAAUAUUGUGGAUUUACAAGGAAAGAUAACACAGACCCCUACGUCGACUACAACAGUAGCAGAGGGGGAGACAGGCGAUAGCACUAUAGCAACAGAAAAUACAGAGCAAAAUGCUCCAGCCAUUUCCAUUGAACCAGCUUCUCCUGGAGAAAAUCAAAACAAUGCAGGUGAAGACCAUAUGGAUGGCAGGCCCCAAUCUCCUCAGUCGCAGGGUGGUAGCAGUGAGUACAUCAAUUCUGUGGGUGUUCGGUUCACUCAACAAAAUUCAGUUGAUGGCUCCGAGGGUAUGGCUCCGCUGGUUCCUUAUGGCUUGCCUUGCAUACAAGAAUUGUUUCGCUUUUUAAUACUUUUAUGCAAUCCAAUGGAUAAACAAAACACCGACACCAUGAUGCAUAUGGGUCUGAGCCUGCUUACGGUGGCUUUUGAAGUGGGCGCCGAUAAUAUAGGAAAAUAUGAUUCCUUGUUGCAGCUGGUCAAGGAUGAUUUAUGCCGCAAUUUGUUUGCCCUCAUGAAUUCCGAACGCUUGACCAUUUUUGCGGCCGAUUUGCAAGUUUGCUUUCUUAUGUUUGAAUCGCUGAGGGGUCACUUGAAAUUCCAGCUGGAAAGCUACCUCAAGAAAUUGUCAGAAAUCAUAGCCAGUGACAAUCCCAAAACCCCCUAUGAAAUGCGUGAGCUGGCAUUGGAUAAUCUGCUGCAGCUUUGGCGUAUACCCGGUUUUGUGACAGAGCUUUACAUAAACUACGACUGCGAUUUGUAUUGCAGUGAUUUGUUCGAAAGCAUUACAAAUCUCCUAUCGAAAUAUACACUCUCGGCCACCAAUGCCAUUUAUAAUACCCACAUUUUAGCUAUGGACACAUUGAUAUCAGUGGUUGACAGCAUUGAGGGUAAUUGUGUGGCUGCCAAGAAUGUGAGCGGUGGCUACGAUGGACAUUUCAAUGGACCAAAUACCCAAACUCCUCCAUCCCACAGACAUUCACGUCACAAUUCAGGUUUGGAAGGCAUAGUCAUUGAUGAUGGCACCAAUGCAACGGAGGAGAAAGAGUAUGUAGAGAAUAUAUCGAAAUUUAUAAACACAUCCUCAAGGCUGCGCCUAUUGUCUGGUGAUACGGCUGCAAAGAAAGCCAUAACAGGCGAUUAUUUGAAAGAGGUGAAAAACAAGAAACGUUUGCUAAGCCAGGGCACCGAGCUUUUCAAUCAACGGCCCGAUAAGGGUAUACAAUUCCUGCAGGAUAACGGUAUUUUGAAUGUGCAACUUGAUCCCAUGCAAGUUGCCCUAUUUUUGCGUGAAAAUCCUGGCUUGGAUAAGAAAAUGAUUGGCGAAUACAUAUCGAAGAAAAAGAAUGUGGACUCUAAAAUACUAAUGAAUUUCGUGGAGUCUUUUGAUUUUGUGGGAUUGCGUGUUGAUCAGGCUCUACGUUUGUAUUUGGAGACAUUCCGUUUGCCCGGCGAGGCUCCAUUGAUUUUUUUGGUAUUGGAACAUUUUGCAGAGCAUUGGCAUAAACAAAAUGGCGAGCCUUUUGCCAAUACAGAUGCCGCCUUUAGUUUGGCCUAUUCCAUUAUUAUGUUGAAUAUGGACCAACAUAACUCCAAUGCCAAGCGUCUCAAUAUUCCCAUGACCCAAGAAGAUUUCCUUAAGAAUCUUAGGGGUCUCAAUGGGGGUAUAGAUUAUGAUCAGGAUUUGUUGGCCACCAUCUUUAAUGCCAUAAAAAAUGAUGAAAUAGUCAUGCCUGCCGAACAAACCGGUUUGGUGCGUGAAAAUUACCUAUGGAAAGUUUUGCUAAGACGUGGUGCUGGUUCGGAUGGAGCCUUUACCUAUGUACACGACUCCACUUAUGACAUGGAAAUAUUCAAUGUUAUAUGGGGUCCUUCCCUAAGCUCUCUAAGCUUUAUGUUCGAUAAGAGCAGUGAAAAUGGUUAUCAAAGGACAUUGACAGGUUUUACCAAAUGUGCAGCUAUCUUUGGAUUUUAUGGGCUACACGAGGAUUUCGAUGCUUUGAUUCUAACCCUAUGCAAAUUCACCAGCAUCUUAAGUUCGGCCCAACAAGAGACCACACACCCUGCACCCAAUGAAAUUGUGCAAGCUGUCAACUUUGGGCUUAAUCUCAAGGCUCAAGCUGCUAUGCGAACCGUCUUUGCUUUGGUCCAUGAUUAUGGUGACUGUUUGAGAGAUGGCUGGCGUCAUAUACUGGAUUUGUAUUUGCAACUUUUCCGUUUGAAGUUGCUGCCAAAAUCUCUCAUGGAAGUCGAAGAUUUCUGUGAGCCCUCGGGCAAAGCCCAACUGAUAUUGGAAAAACCUAGCCAGAAGCAAGAAUCCGCCAUAUUUUCCAGUCUAUAUUCGUAUCUGUCCUCAGAGGGCCAACGUGAGCCCUCCUACGAAAAGCAGUUAUUUAUAAAGAUUGGCAAAAAAUGUAUAAAAGAAUGCCAACUAGAUCAGAUGAUCCAAGAAUCGAAAUUUGUUCAAUUAGAGUCCUUGCAAGAGCUGUUGAAACAGGUUUUGAGUUCCCUAAAAGCUCCCAGUGCUCACAAAUCAAUUGGCAUGCCUUAUGGCGAAGAUGUUGUGGUCUUUUGGAUGGAAUUCCUGGUGAAAAUCGUUAUUUACAAUCGCGAUCGCAUGAUUCCCCUUUGGCCAGCUGUUCGUGAUCAAAUGUACCUGUUGCUGAUGGGAGGUUCCUCUUGUGGCUAUGAUUAUCUACUGAAUCGUUGUAUAGUUGCCAUGCUUAAAUUGGCCAUCUAUCUAAUGCGCAAUGAGGAAUUGUGUCCCAUUGUUUUGAAAUCAUUGAAAAUGUUGUUGAUGCUAAAGCCUGCGGUACUUUUGAGAAUAUCCAAACAAAUUUCCAUAGGCAUGUAUGAACUUCUCAAAACCUCAGCUCAAAAUAUACACUCUGAGCAGGAUUGGCAAAUUGUCUUCACCAUACUGGAGUGUGUGGGAGCAGGUGCAGAGCCUCCAGAAUACGAUGAUGCCUCGUUGCCAGUGCCAAAUGGAUUGGCUGCAAAAUCAGAUGGAGCUUUAAGCAGUGAAGAUGAUUCUGGCCUACCGGAUAGGGGUUAUAUAUCAGAUUCGGAAUUGAGUGGCAAACAGGCGGUGCCAAAACAAGGACAAACACAGAAUUCUAAUACAAGCAGUCCAUUUCCCUCUAGUCCUACGGCUGAGAAUUGGAUUUUGGUUAAUAAGGAUACGGAUUUGGCAGCCUCAAGACCACAAUCUCCUCCGGAUUCACUUGGUCCCCCAGUGUUAUCGAACUUAGUGUAUAAUUGUAAACUCUUGGAUCACAUGCCAUUUGCAUUAUUCAAAUGUUGGGACUCUUUGGCUUUCAUUGUGCGUAAUGUGGCCCACAUAACACCCUAUAACUUUGAAAGUUGUGUAAGAUGCAUACGCACAUUUGUGGAGGCAUGUCGAGAUGGUGGAAUACGUCAACGUCGUAGAAUUGAAGCAGCACUGGCUGCCGCUGGCAAUCAAAAGAAAAAACCUAAUAAUAGACGUAAUGAUCGUUCUAAUGAGCGCAACAAACAUGGUGAAGAUGGUAGUUCUGGCAUCGAUGUGGGCAUGGAAGGUGAGAGCGUUGAUGAAUCCGAUCUGGCGCAACGCUAUGAAACGCUAUCCUUUCAACUGCUGGUUCUUAUGUACACUCUAUACACACGAACAGCUCAGAUUUUCCGUUGGUGGGCCGAAGAGGGCUGUGCAGUUCCUCAAUGCUCGGCUUUGUGGGCACAACGUUGGUGUCCUUUGCUGCAGGGUAUUGCCCGUUUGGCCAUGGAUCGAAGACGUGAAGUAAGAACCUAUGCCAUCUCUUGCUUACGUGCUCUGUUGGUACAUGAUCUGCAAACACUAUCUGGUACGGAAUGGGCAUCAUGCUUCCAACAGGUUCUUUUCCCACUGCUCAAUGAAUUAUUGCCAGAGAGUCCGGCUGUGGCACACUUGGAUCAAGUUCUGUUGGAAGAGUCGAGAAUACGCACGGCGACUAUAAUGUCCAAAGUGUUUUUAGAUCAUCUAACACCACUCAUUGAAUUGGGCAAUGCCUUCAAUGAUCUUUGGAUACAAAUUUUGGAUUAUAUUGAGAAGUUUAUGAAAGUUGGUUCGGAUAUGUUGUCCGAACAAAUGCAAGAGAUUCUCAAGAAUAUGUUGUUGGUAAUGCAUUCGGUGCGUGUUUUCCACAACAACGAUGGUUCACUGCGCAUGGACUUAUGGGAACUCACUUGGAAGCGCAUAGGAGAAUUUUUGCCCAAUCUUAAGGAUGAACUAUUUCGCGAUGAAGGAAAUUUUGCCAAUGCUCUUGCAUUGUAUAUGCAAAUGAACAAGUUUCAAGAGACAUUUUUUGAACAAUAAUAUUUGAAGAAUCUGAAGUGGAUCAAGAAUACUUUCAAGGAGAAGUGUUUUAGAUAAAUCUAUACAUAGCAAUGAGGAAGAUUUUGUCGAGCAUUUAACUUUUAUAAGUAUUUCUAUUGGAUUUUAAUAUUGGAUUCAUAGUUUGUGCCAACCCUAAAAUUUGUCUUAAAUUUUUUUUUAUUUAAAUUCAAUUUUGAAUAUUCAGAGAAACAAAAAUUUUAUGGUGAAAA